AUGGACAUUGUUAAAAAAUGUUUGAAGGAUGCCAAGAUGGAAAAGAGUGAUAUCAAUGACGUUGUUCUUGUGGGUGGGUCAACUCGCAUCCCUAAGGUUCAAAAAAUGUUGCAAGAUUUAUUUAAUGGAAAGGAGCUCUGUAAAAGCCUCAACCAAGAUGAGGCUGUUGCAUAUGGGGCAGCCAUUCAUGCUGCAAUCUUGAGUGGUGUGCGACAUAAUCAGCAGGUUGUGCUUGUGGAUGUCACUCCCUUGUCUAUUGGUACUGAAAUUAGAUCUGGUGAACUGUGUGUUGUGAUUCCGAGGAACACACCAAUUCCAACAAAGAUGGAGAAGAGAUUUUUUACUGUUUUGGACAACCAGACCAGUAUGGCUAAUCAUGUGUAUGAGGGUGAGCGACCAAUUGCUCGGGAGAACAACUUUUUGGGUGAGUUUACGCUCCAUGGUAUACCCCCAGCACCAAAAGGUGUUUCUAAGGUAAUUGAUUGCUUCAGCAUUGAUGCCAACGGCAUCUUAACCGUGACAUCAACGGACAAAAGCACUGGAAAUAAUAACCACAUAACCAUUACCAAUCACAGUGGGAGGCUAUCAAAGAAGGAAAUUGAUAGGAUGGUGGAGGAGGCUAAGAAGUACAGGGCCAAAGAUACGGAGCACAAGAAAUUGGCAAGAGCUAAGUCUGAAUUAGAGAACUAUCUCACCAAGAUUUGGGAUAUAGUGAGUGGUAACUCUGGAGGAAAAGUCGUAAUACAAGGCGGGACAAUGGAAGAUAUAAUUCAACAGACAAUUCAAUGGUUAGAUUGGAAUGUCCAUCUUACUGAAGCUUCUAAGUUUGAGGAGAAGUUGAAGGAGAUCGAAAGCAUUUGCAACCCUGUCAUCACUAGAAUGCAGAAGAAUGGUGAUGAUGUUGGAGUUAAGAGAACCAAAACUGAGCCGGUCUGA